AUGAAUGAGCAGUUGGCAAACAUUAAAUUUGUCGAGGAGGUAGAAAAACACGAACUUUUAUAUAAUUAUAAUCUUUCCGGAUACUCAAGAAAAGACCUGACAGAAAAAGCAUGGCACGAGAUAGCAGCCAAAGUAAACAUGACAGCGUCCGAGUGUAAAGAAAAAUGGCGUAAUCUUCGUACUGUUUUUACACGGAAAAUGAAAACUCCGGCAAGUGAGUCUGGUAGAAAUAAAAAAGCAUAUUAUUUAGCAGAUGCCGUGCAGUUUUCUAUCCCAUUUAUAAAAACGUUGGUUCCGCCGUCCACUGGUAAUCUUCCGGAGAAACCGCAAGACGAAACGACUGAUGAAACGAUAGAAAAUACAGAAAUAUGUUUUGGUCUGACAAACUCAUCGUACUCAGAUCAGUCUUCAGAACUACAACCGCCACCACUUCCAACAUCACCAACGUUAGAAGCACCAUUUCUAUCACCUUCCGCAUCACCAGCAUCACCAGUACUAUCGCAACAAAUUAACCAUCCUGAAGAACAGUUCUUGUCUAGAAAUAAGAAAAACCUGAAGUUCAAAAAUAAAUCGGCAGUGGUAGCAGAUAAUUAUGUGGCUGAAUACUUUAAAGCUAAAAAGGCGAGAUUGGAAGCAAAUUUAGUUACUAAUUCUUACAACAGUGAAAACAAAAAAGCUCUCAAGAUGUUUUUAUUAAGUUUGAUACCUGAAGUUGAACAUUUUAGUAAGGAUCAGAUUAAAUUAUUUAAACGAAAAAUUUUCAGCGUUAUAGAUGAAAUAUCAUCCCAAUCAUCGUCAACAUUCUCGUCGCCAUCUACUACUUCAUUUCCGUCAACACACACUUCGCAGUCAACCACGUCGUAUACAUCUGGGAGUACACCAUCAAAUGCACUUGAGUAUUACAGCAACUUUUCUGGGACAGUUGAAAAAUACGAUGAGGAGUGCGAGUCCAGUUUCACACCAUUAUAG